AGUACAUUUUUCUAUUUUACCAACAGCAUUUGUUGCAUUUAUAUAGUUGCCAUACAUUCGCUCGUGUAGAAGGAGUCGAGGAAUAAGAAAAGAAUUAUGAUCCGUGAGAGUACGAUUAAUCGCAUAAUAAAAAUUAUAUUUAUUUUAUUCGGAAUUUGGCCAGGUACUUCGUGCGUCCUACUUUGCAGAAUAUUUUGGAUUAUUACAAUAACAUUUGUUCAAUUUUCCCAUUAUCGAUAUUUUCGAAUGCAUUUCUAUUCCGACGAUCUUUUUAAUUUGAUGGACUGUUUAAGUAGUUUUUUAGCAUAUACAAAAGUAAUGACCAAGUUUAUUGUAUUUUGGUUGAAUGAGCGAAAGUUUAUCAAGACAUUGACGAUGAUGACGAAAGAUUGGCAUGAUUGCGUCAACAGUGAACUUGGCAUGCAAGAGACAAUGUGUAAAGCGAAAUUAUCCGAUCGUAUCACUAACGCAAUAUUCGUCCUACAUACGUUAAGCGUCGUUGCGUACGGCACACGCAUCGUCCUGGCCAAUGUCGAUAUCACCGAUCGUGAGUCUAAGCCACCCUAUAUCCAUAAAAUGGAACUUCCCUUCGAUGUAAAUACGCAAAGAGGAUAUAAAAUGGUCGUAAUCACGCAAUUCGCGUACGUCAUCAUGUGCAGCUGGGCUGCCGGUGCUGUAAAUUCUUUUCUCCUAACUUUGAUUUUACACAUAGGCGGUCAAAUGGACAUACUGCGUAGCUGGCUGACGGAUUUCGCAUCGAAUGAGAACGGGAAGAAACGCACUUCAUCCACUAGAAAUGAAAUCAUCGAGAAGCAUCAGAGAAUCAUCAACUUCUCGGAGAAGGUCGAAAAUCUGUACACGUACAUCGCGCUGCUGCAGUUUGCGUCCAACACGAUAAUGAUUUGCUCUCUAGCAUUUCUCAUCGUUAGCGCAAUUGGUACGCCCAACGCAACAGAGCAGAUAAUAAGAUCUCUCUUAUUUUACGCUAUAACGAAUCUCGAAGCCUUUCUAUUUUGCUUUGCUGGAGAAUAUUUGAAUAACAAGAGCAAAGCGAUCGGAAUCGCAGCGUAUAAUUCCGCAUGGUACAACUUAAAGCCUGAAGAGACUCGCAUCUUGUUACUUAUAAUGUUAAGAUCGCAAAAACAAUUAACGCUUACCGUUGGGAAAUUGACGAAUCUUUCCUUAGAAUAUUUUGCAAGUAUCAUGAAUGCUUCAGGAUCAUAUUUAUCAGUAAUGUUGGCAAUGCAAUAA